AUGUCUGUCGGUGGCCCAAGCACUGUGGAAGUGACCUCAGAGACUAGUUUGUCAUCGUUGCGAGCCCUGAUGUCGGGCUUCCUCAGCAAGCUUGAGGAAGCAAGAAGAGUUGUGGGUGAACCCAACUUCAUUGGACCACAAGCAGCCAAAGCAUUCUUGGAAGACGAUCCGAGUGCCCUCCUGCUGGACGUGCAGGAUCCCGGAAGCGAGGUCCUGCCGGGUGCCUACAACGUGUCCCUGGGCACUCUCUUCUUCAAGGCCAGCUCUGAUCUCGAGGAAUUCAAGGAUGCGACGAUCGCCGAUCGUCCCAGGGAUUCCCUGAUCAUUGUCACAUGCAUGUACGGAGGGCAAGCUGCGCUCGCAGCACAGCUAUUAUGCGAAUACGGCUAUGCGAAUGUCAAGGUGAUGCAGGGAGGCAAUGAAGAUGCUCGAAAGACCUACUCUGACAAUCGACUCUGGAAGUGGGUGGCCUUACAGCGAGAGAUCUUCGAGGCCGCUCUGAAGUACGUGAAGGACAGCGGCAAAAUCGUGUACGCGACCUGCAGCGUGCUUGAAGAGGAGAAUGCGCAGCAGAUUCGAUUCUUCUGUGAAAAGUUCGGCUUGUACCUGAGCCAUCCGCCGCUACAUGCGAGGCCACAGAGCCGCGGUAUGGAUGGCUUCUUCUGUGCGACUCUGGAGCGACGGUCCGGCGGUGAAGCCAAAAUUGCUUGA